AAUUUAUAAAAACCGUCGAGUGCCUCGCCAAUUGCCGACUGAACCGAAAGCUGCAGAACGUUCCAGAUAGCGCAUAGUAGACCAGACUGUAUUUUUAAGUUUACGAAACCAACUGCUUCAAACGCUUCCCAAUAGGUAUUUAUUUACUCUUUAAAUCGUCAGCAAGUUAUGUCUAUGGCCAUCGCAUUUUUCAGACAUGGAAAGGUUGUGGUUGAGAGAGCAGUAAAUAUCAGCGCAUUCCGUAGUAAGAAUUAUUGCCCCACCUUAGCCCGAGGGAUUUCAUCAACCAGCGGAAGAAAGAAUUUGGCAGCCGUAGCAGAGAGGCGUGUUCAGCACCUCGACUCUUGGGACCAUUUCGGAAUUUGGUUAGAUGAGCCUAUUGUGCUUCCGCCUCGUUCAGUAGAUGCAAGCCACAACAAAAAAACCGACAUUCCCAAUGUUGGCUGUGCAAGUCUUAUUGGAAAAAGAAAAGAGAACGAAGACCGUUACUGCAUUGGAAAGCUUUCCGACAGCAUUUAUUUCUUCGCGGUUUUCGAUGGCCAUGGCGGAGAUGCCGCUGCUGAGUUUUGCUCCAGGAACCUGCGUCACUUCAUGAAGAGAAACCUUCAGUUGGAAUCUGAUCUUGAAUCAGUUCUAGUGAAGUCCUUCCUUCAAAUCGACAAUGCCUUCAUGCAGAGCCUUUACAGUUCAGGAGAAGAUGAUGCGCUCUCUGCUGGAACGACAUCGACCGUUGCCUUGCUGCGCAAUAAGACUGAGCUUGUGGUUGCAAGUGUUGGAGACAGUCCAGCUGUCCUCUGCCGUGAGGGAAAAGCAGAACCCUUAACUGAAGAUCACAGCCCAAGGCGAAAAGAUGAAAGGCAAAGAAUUCAGCAGUGUGGUGGUUUCAUUGACUGGAACAGUGCUGGUGAGCCUUAUGUCAAUGGAAGGCUGGCUAUGACUCGGAGUAUUGGUGAUCUCCAAGUUAAACCUUACGGAGUGACAGCAGAGCCUGAAGUUACUACAGUAAAGUUGCAACAUACCAAAGAUUGCUUCCUGGUCUUAACAACUGAUGGAGUUAGUGGGUUCAUGGAAGGACAAGAAAUGUGUGACAUUGUGAAGAAGUGUCAGGAUCCAUCAGAAGCUGCUCUUAUUGUUACUGAUCAAGCGCUGCAGUAUGGAUCGCAAGAUAAUGUAACUACGAUGGUGGUACCAUUUGGCGCAUGGGGAAAAUACAAGAAUGCCCUGACAUCCUCAAGCUUUGGAAGAAUCAUGGUGUCUAGUGGCCGGUGGAGUUAACUGGAAAUGUAAUAUGAUUGGUCUAUCGAGCCAUGGCUGUUAUGUAUGUCUCCUGUACUGUUACAUGUCUGAUUUCUUUAUGCCAUUGUUAACUGUGAAAAAUGUUUGUAUUUUUUACUGUGCCCAAAGGAUUAAGUUAUAUAAUAUUUAUUUUUUUGUACUCUGCAAACUACACCUGCUGUCUGCCUUUUGGUCUGAAAAGUGGAGCACAGCAAGCUGGACCUCAUCUUGACCUAAAAGGUUCUUGUAACUUACAUUUUAUUAUGAAAGUUUACAGAUUUGUGCUACAAUGCACUUCAGAAUGUGCCAUUUUCAUCACUCCUUUCCAUUGUAGUUUUUGAUGGAUCUAUUUGUUUUACACCAGAGGUUGUCAUACACUGACAGUGUCGGGGGGAGGGCUGAUGAAUGUAUUUUAAUUGAUUGUACAUCUGUAAAUUAUGUACCAUAAAUGUUUGUAAAGAAAAAACUAAUUCUUUAAAAAUGCAUUGUAAAAAUGUAUACAUUG